AUGACCUCUGUAAGGGAGAAAAGCAGCGAAAAAAAAGAAACAGCACAAGUGGUUACCCAAACAAAGACUGUAUUCAAUGAAAAAACAGAGCAAGUAGUUUCUGAACAAGAAAUUAUUGAGAAGGAAACGGUUGUUCAACAGCAAAAAUAUAUCAUCAGUAAAGAAGAGAAUGAAGAUAAACUAAAUAAAAUUAUUGAAAAAGAAAAACAAAGUAAUGGCAAUUUAUUACUUGUGAACCUUGAUAGACCCGUUACAGUUAGUGAUGUGCUUUCCGGAAAGGUUGUUUUACCUCCCGCGCCUAGAAAAUCCGUGGAAUCAAAGGAUCACAUCAGACCUAUUCUCCCUACUAAAGAUUCUCAACAGGAUUUCCUUGUGAUUCCGGAUAAAGUCACCAGUAGUAAUGAAUAG